GCAGGAGGGCGAAGCGGGGAUGACACCAUGACGUCAUUUUGCAGAGACAGUCGGGGGACCGAGCGGCGUGAGCGGCGUGAAACGCGUGGAAAAGGGAUAAAGAAGAAGGCAGAAAUCAGAACCAGGAGCUGGGAGUUUUGAGCUGCGGAGUGGCCGCCGCGUUUUGGACCCUGAGUCAGAGAGGAGGAGGAGGAGAAAAGAGCCAGGGCAGCAGUCUGCUCGGAGGGGAGAGAGGGAAGAAGGACGCAGUGUGGGCGGGUUAAGAAACGCCGAGAGGGAGGGCACGCCGCUUUUCUUCCUCCAACCGAGUGGUGGGGGGAAAAAAAAGGGGAAAACAAGGACGUCCGUCGGUCUCCUCUUCCUCCUUUACAUUUCAUCCUCCGACUCCUGCAACAACAACCCCACCUGAGCAUCCUUCCGCUUGCUUCUCCGUCCGCCCGCGCGUCGGAGGCUGAGCUUUGGGUUUGUUGUCAGCGCACAGGAGCCGAGCCCAGCUGAUCUGAGCCGAGCCGAACCGAGCCGAGCCAAGCGGCAGGGGCGUGAGAGGCGGAUGCUGCGAGCGUAGAGGCAGGGUACCCGACCAGGAGCAUCACCGCACUCAGCACGAUGGACAGAAUGAAUUUUCUCUCCUUCCUCCUCCUUUGCUUGACUCCGGUUGCCAAUUGCAACAAAGCCAAUAAGCACAAGCCAUGGAUCGAGACAGAGUACCAGGGGAUCGUGAUGGAGAACGACAACACCGUCCUGCUCAAUCCCCCUCUCUUCGCGCUGGACAAAGACGCGCCGCUUCACUACGCUGGGGAGAUCUGUGGCUUUCGGGUUCACAACGGCCCCCUGGGCUCCGGUUCAGUCCAGUUUGAAGCCGUGGUUCUGGAUCGCUCCACCGGUGAGGGGCUGGUCCGGUCAAAGGAGCCGCUGGACUGUGAGAGCCAGCGGGAGCACAGCUUCACUAUCCAGGCUUACGACUGUGGAGAGGGACCUGAUGGAGUCAACAGCAAGAAAUCCCACAAGGCCACGGUGCAUGUUCGUGUGAACGACGUCAACGAGUUCUCCCCGGUGUUCGUGGAGCGGCGCUACGAGGCUUCGGUCCCGGAGGGCCGUCUGUUCGACAGGAUCGUGCGGGUGGAGGCUCUGGACGCAGACUGCUCCCCGCAGUACAGCCAGAUCUGCUUCUAUGACAUCAUCACUCCCAAUGUGCCCUUUGCUAUUGACAACGACGGAAACAUUAAGAACACGGAGCCUUUGGAUUCGAAGCGGCAGCGUGUUCACACCUUCUGGGUGACCGCCUUCGACUGCGGGAAGAACCGCGCUCAGGCUGAUGCCCAGGUUGUUGUCACGGUCAAGCCGUCCUGCAAACCCGGCUGGAUCGGAUGGACAAAGCGUGUGGAGUACACACCCGGGUCAGGCAGCAUCCCCCUGUUCCCCAGCCUACAUUUGGAGACCUGCGAAGAAACGGUAUGGAACAUCCAGGCCACCGUAGAGCUCCAGACCGGCCACAUUGGGAAGGGCUGUGACAGAGACAGCUACUCUGACCGUUCUGUUCGCCGAUUGUGUGGUGCCGUCAGGGGCGAAGUGGACCUCCUUCCACCUCCGUCUCCGGCAGCCAACUGGACCUCGGCUCUGCCCACUCUCCCUUCAUCCGAUUCCUCUCUGGUCUUCUCCUUCAACGGGUCGAAUCACGUCGCAGUGGUUCCCGACUCCGUCGUGUCCGCUCUGUCGGGCGACCACUUCACCCUGCAGCUGUGGAUGCGUCGGGGCGGCGCCAACAUCCAGCCGUCAACCACUCAGUCCAGAGGAAAUCGCAAAGACGAGGAGACUAUUGUGUGCAGCACCGUCAAGAAUGAUGACUCCUACUCCCAUUAUUCGCUCUCCGUUCACGGUUGCCGCCUCUCCCUCUUCUACUGGCCCGACGUCUCGGCUGCACGGCCCGUCAAGUUCCUCUGGAAGCUGGAGCAGGUGUGUGACAGCGAAUGGCAUCAUCUGUCCCUAAGCGUCAAGUUCCCGUCGGUGAUGCUGUACGUCGACGGCGUCACCUUUGACCCCGCCCUCAUCCAUGACAACGGAGCCCUCCCGAACCCCGUGCCCCGUCAGAGGAUGCUGAUCGGGGCCUGCUGGGAGCCUGAAGAGAAACAGAAGGAGAUACUAAACAACACGAUCCCAGAGGGAAAAGACUCAGUGAAGUAUGUUGGUGGUUACCACGGCCUGCUGUCGGGGGUGACGGUGCGUCCUGGCAGCGUGGAGCCUCACAGCGUGGUGGAGUGCCUGUACGCCUGCAGGGAGGGGCUGGACUUCGGCGACCUGGAGACUCUGGGUUCAGGGAUGAAGGUCCACGUGAACCCUAGCCAGUCCGUUCUGGUGCUGGAGGGAGACGACAUCGAGAGCUUCAAUCGUGCCGUUCAGCAGGUCACCUACAGAAACUCGCUUCGCUUCGCCACCCCUGGAGUCCGUCCCCUCAAGCUCACCACCUCCCUCAGAUGUUUCAAUGAGGAAAGCUGCCUGUCCCUGAAACAGCUGGAGGGCUACCUGGUGGUUCUCCAGCCUGACGCCCCUCAGAUCUCUCUGUCUGGGGUUGGCCCACAUCUGGCCCGUCCUGCCCCUGAGUUUGAGGGACCCCGCGGCGUUCCCCUCUUCCCAGAGCUCCGGAUCGUCUGUUCACUGUCACAUGCUGUCAACACAGCCACACAGGGCAUGGAAGGCGGAGCUCUGAUGUCUGAUGCCGUGGCUCACACUUUGGACGGAUGUGAGGUGCAACCUCUGGGAGAGGAGCUGAACCCAGAGAGGGAGGAGCUUCUGGUAGACAUGGACGUUGUGCGAGAGCGAGGACUGGAAAUCAUCAAUACCACCGCUUACAUCGCAAUUACAGGUGCCGAAUCCAUCUCUGUGUACGAGGACGUCCUCCGCUCAGUCCGGUACCGCCUGGCCAAAGGCUCCGCUCGCUUCGAGAGGCGGUUCCGCCUGUCGUGCUCGGAGAUGAAUGGCAGAUACACAAGCAAUGAGUUGACUCUGGAGGUGAACUUCCUCCACUCUUUGGACAGUCUGUACCAACCUUCCCACCUGCUGGCCUCACAGCAGCAGUUCCUCCAUCCAUCUCAUCAUUCUGGAGAGCUGAGUGGACACACCUUACCGAACCCCCACCGCAACUCAGUGGUUCCAGGAGCCGCCACGGUCAUCAUCAUGGUCUGUGUGGGUUUCCUGGUUGUCAUGGUGAUCCUUGGCGUCUUCCGAAUUCGCUCCAUCCAUCGCCGAGGUGAAGGUGCCAGGGGCGGGGCCAAGGAGGGAGGCAGCCAAUGGGACGACUCGGCGCUCACCAUCAUUGUCAACCCAAUGGAGUCCUAUGAGUCUCGUAUGGGCAUUUCUGCCGACACGGAGGGCGAGGGAGAAGAGGAGGAAGAGGAGGUAGCGGAGUCGCCUGACGACGCAAGCGACGACCAGCGGAUCAUCAUCAAAAAGGAGGGCAGAGACGGAAACGCCCGCCGCUACUGAGCCGCAUCGUAUUUCUCCAUAAAUCAGCUCCCCGGUCACACACUCCGACACUUUUAAUAUCAAAACUGACGGCACUAGUAUAAGGAAUGUAUGCUUACAAAACACCUCGCACAACACAAUCACCGUAAUACUCUUGACGCUCAAACGCCAUAUGUGACCUAUAGCCGACAACGGGCUGUUGUUCUCCACCUAAAUGUUCAAUGGCACAAUGUAUACAGUUAAUGUAAUUUACCCGCCUAAAUAAACCCCCUCCACCAGAAUUGUUUGUGGUGCACUAGUUCUAAGUCACAAAAUGGUGUCUGUAUAGUGUAAUGCUGGUUAUAAGGGACUGUUUUAUUAUAAAGAAAAAUACUGAUUGUAUUCCAGCCUUCAUUAAUUAAAAGAAUGAAGCAAAAUGUCAGCCGGAGCAAGGCUUUGAGUCGAUCCGUAGGCAAAGACACAGCCCUUGAUCCUGAAACAUCUUUGAACCUCUUUGUUAGACUCUCAAAGUCUGUGCACAAGCUCUCUUCUCCCUCUUUGCGUCCUCUCUUCUAACCACAGAGUGAAUACAGUGAAGUUAGACAUAAUGCUCACAUACUUAUUAAAAAAAAAAAACAACACCUCAAUGUCGUUGGAGUUUUAUUUACAUUUAUAUAAUAAAGUGGAUCUCAAAAGUACAAACUCCCCCUGUUUGAAAUGUGAGGUGUUUGUGAUGUGGAAAAAAACGAGGCAAGGAUAAAUCAUUUCAAAGCUUUUUCUACCUUUAAUGGGAUGUUUAUGCUGUAAAAUUCACCUGAAAAACAAAGAAAUUCAUUAGAAUGAUCAAACAAAUUGACUGAUGUGCAGUAACCUGGCUGCAUAUAUGUGCACCCUCUUAUCUAAUACAUUUCAGAAGCACCUUUUAAUUUAGUUUCAGCAUUCAGCUGUUCUUGGUCAGAGUCUAUCAGCACGCAGGGAUGCUGAGGAAUAAAACCCCGCUUCGUCAUCAGCUUCCAAACCUGAAGAUUUCGGAUCAGAGCUCACUGCCAUUUGGAUCUGUUUAUGAUUAAAUCCAUCUAAAUAUUAAAAAAAGGCCAUUUCUGCUGGAUAAAAAGUAGCCCCACAGCAUGACGCUGCCAUCGCCAUGUCUCACUGUGGAUGUGGUGCUCCUUUGGUGAUGUACAGACCUGUUUUUGUGCCAAACUUACCUAUUUGACCUGUGGCUUAAAAGUUAGGCUGUUGAGUUUUUUGUUUUGCAUCCUCCUCCUGAGUGAUACCUUUAUGAAAUGAGAUCUUUUAUAAACUCCCUGCAAACCUAGGCUAUAACUAAAGGAAUGCAAAUGUUAUCGAAAUCCUACCAUGACAGCUGAGCUUUAUUUCCGAUUAACUAGAUUUAUUAUAGUUGAUGAUAAGUGUGCACCAAAGUAGAACAAAUGCUGACACUGAGGGGAAAGGUGCUUCUGUUUUAUUCAGAUUUUUACAGAUUUUCGUGAUUUUAGUUGAAUUUACAGAAUAAAUGUCACAUUAUAGGUAGAAGACGUCUUGAAAUCAUCAUGGUCACAAAAACCUUGCUUUUCAGGAGGGGGCGCUGACGUUGGAGAUCCAGGGUAGGACAGGUUUACUUUAGCAGUAUUCUGUACGGAGCUCCUGAUAACCAACCACAGACCUCAGCCUUCUACACAAGCGCUUCUUCUGCUCAGAAAUAAAAGCCUCUAGGUGUUGUGUCGACAGUCAAAAAUCAGAGUCGUCAAGGUUUCAGCUUCGAACUGGAGUGUUUUGCAGCAUUUCAGCCUGUGCCACAAAAUAACAGAACAGCACCUUGACCUCUGUGACUUCCCUAUAAAUGACUCUCAUGUAACUGUUUCACUCGCUGUGCACCCACUACAUUCUAGUGCAAAACACACACAAACACACGCCAACACCAUCCAUGACCCCACACCUCCCCUGCUGUCUCCAGAAUGUCCGCUCAGCUUGGGCAGUUUUGAUUGUAUUGAUUGUAAUGAAAUUUUUCUGUACAUACAACGAUGACUAUUGCGAUAUUAUUGUUAAUGCUAUUGUUCUUUAUUGAUGCAUUCACUCUUUCUCUUUUUCUGCACAUUUCUGAGAGGGAGCAGAUUAUGAUUUAUUUUUCCAUUUAAGGAAUCACCGUUCCAGAUACAGAAAAUAGUAUAAUGAUGAUAACUAUAAUAAAGAGUAGUAUUAGUGAUAAGGAUGAUCAUCUCUGGCCUGAUGAGUGUAUCCUAAUUUGUGUGUAAUAUUGUUGUAACUUAAGGAUUUGCCAUUAUACGUCUCCAAAUCAAGGAGGGCACAUUGUUGUGAUACUUCAAUACGUCUCGCUCUUUUUCUUUCACUGGGGGAUUUUUUUUCUUCUCCAGAUUUCAAGAUAAAAUGCUUUUUUUUUAGUUGUUUUUGUUAUUUUUUCUGUUUCCUUCCUGCUCCAUCCGUCAUCUUUGGUUCAGUGAAUGUACAACUGUGUGCUUCUCCUCACCUUUCCCUCCCUCCCCACCUCCCGGCCUUUCUUCCCUUCACCUCUCCCUCCAUGUCUCUUGCUGUCUGUCUGUGUAGCCUAUUAAUGUGCAGUGCUAUAAGGCUCUCAGUGAAAAAAAAAAUAAAAAUAAAAUAAAGCCUGUUGUUUUUGAGUGUCACGUUAAGAAGGAAUAAAACUUGCAUUGGUUAAAAACUUAUAUUAUUACGAUGUUACUAUUUGAACAUUACCUGUAAUUAAUGAUACAACGCCGACAUGGAUUAUGCUGAGUAAUUGUUAUUGAGAAGUGUCAGAAAACAUUGCAAAAUUCAUAAUAAAAACACUAUAUGACGUC